AUGGGCCUGGCCUUGUCUACCUGUCUCACAUUCCUCAGCCGUAGAUUACAAUAUAGACCAUCACCUCCUCCAAGCAGUCGCUCCAUAGCUUCCGAUUGCGACGAAGUACGGAUCAUGGAAGAGCGGGACAUCCCUUAUUAUGCAGAUGAUGAAAUGGAUAGUAGCGACGACGAAGAGUAUAUAUAUUAUUCUGGGGGCGGUUAUGGUGGAUAUCCCCACAACUAUGACGACGACAUGCUAGCAGGCAUGAGAUUUUACCGGGGCAGAUCCCGAGCAAACAAUAGAGCUGCAGAGGACAGUAGCCUUGAAGGUGUUACGGGGAUCUUCUAG